AUGAGUGAGGCAGAAGAAAUACUAAACAGAAUUAAAAACCAUAAAGGGGUUAUAGGCAUUUUAGUUGUAAAUAGUGAUGGGUUAAUAAUUAAGAGCACGUUCGAUCAACAGCAGUCUCAUUUGCAUGCAUCACUACUUACGCAUUUGUCUAACAAGGCGAAGGACGUAAUUCGAGAGCUAGAUCCUCAGAACGAUAUAAACUUUUUACGGUUACGAUCAAAGAAACACGAAAUAAUGAUUGCACCUGAUAAGGAUUACACACUGAUUGUAGUUCAGGACCCGUAUGCUGAUAAGGAGAAGAGUUAA